AUGGAGAGAUCAUCACGUGAAUCAGUCGUCAGCGUCGUCCUGCGAAGAGCAAGUCAAGUCGCGGCGGCUAGCAGGCGCCAACACUGGAGCAAGGCCGCAGAAUUCCACCAGCUGCUACCGCGCACGCUGCGCACGCUUGCCUCGAUGGCGACGAAGACGCUCCUGACGAGCAUACGAUAUCACCUUCAACGACAACACGCCGAGGCGAGAGCGCCGAAUGGGUUUGAUGAAGCACUGAAGCGGGUGUGUGCCUCGGAGAACACGCUGGAACGCAGACUGCUGGAGCAGUCUUUACUAGCUUGGGCCGCCUUGGUGUCCGAAAAGACUUACAGAUCAUCUCUGGAUCAACUGUCGGCCAACGACGCCGAAGAGCUCUUGCGCCAUAUAAUGGACAUGGAGCCCAGUGACGGUUUCAAGGCGAAUAUAUGUCGUUUAUUUAAAGACUCCGGCACGCGUGCCACACAACGACGAGGUAGCCUUGAUUUCCUUCUCGACAACACGUUCCCACAACCACAGAGCGGUACACACCAUACUCAUGACGAAACAGAGCGACACGUUACCCUCGAUGACGCAGACGAGAUUUGGGGCGCCGUAAGCAACGACAACACGGACCAAGUCGCUCCCAGGCCUACCGAAGGUGCGGUUCCGCCACAAAGCGACGCAAUCAACCCAACUCUAGGUAUAUCGGAAGAUUGGGGUUUCAACUUCGCCUUGCUGAGGCCGGAGGCCAGACAUCUGCCACGAAUAUUCACGCAAAUCAUGUGUGACAGAAUCGUGAAAGAAAACGGGCUUGCCAAAAUAUCAAUACAACAUAAUAAUGAUUUACUCAAAAGCUUCCUACGGAUCGAGAUUAUCCGUAGCUCUGUGCCCUAUCUGGCUCUCCAGCUCUUUGGUAUCACUCUCAAAGAUAGGGCAUCCAAGUGGGCGAUUGUGUGGCCGCAGGGGUCCGAGAUGGAGAUUGUCGGGCCGGAUGCGCAGUUUUGCGUGUGCCGUGCCCGUGAGGAGGCUAUUGAACGCGAAAUAGGAGCCGUUGCUCUCGAGAAGAUCAAAAAUUCGCCAGACCGCGCGACCGAGGUCACCAAUGGAGAGGGACUUACACGCCUCGUCCGCCUGGUGGUCUUUUUCCACGAGGGAUCAAACGCUUGGCUGGAGAUACAACCGGGUGAUUCCAUGCUUGAAGAGGUCAAGUCCAUACUUUGGCAGAACCCCUUUUAA